AUGACUUACAUGCAUUGUGUAGUUCAAGGAUGUAAAAUAACCAUUUUUAAUAAACCAAUAGGUGUCACAUUUCAUAAUUGCCCUACUUCUCACGAAAUGAGAAACAAAUGGCUUCAUGCUUUAAGAAACAAAUGCGCUGUCCUUGAUUGGUCAAAAAGCAGAAUAUGUUCUAAGCAUUUUGAACACAAAUAUUUUGAUGCUCAACGAAAACUAAAGGAAAACGCUAUUCCGACACUGUUUCCACUUAACAAACUUCUCAGGCCAAAUGAACUAUCGUCGAAAUUUAAGGUGGAUAAACUGUUGACCAAAGUCAGCCAAUCAGAGCUUAUGAAUGACAUAAGAAAUAGUAUAAAUAAAAUUAAAGAGCCAGCAAACUUUGAUAAUAUGGUUACCGAAGAUCUACAAUGCAAAGCUGAUGCAUCUAAAGAGGCGCAAUUAUGGUUAAUUAUAAAGAAACAAGAAAAUCUAAACAGUAGGUUGUUGGAAGCUGUUGAACAAAACAAAAAACAUUCAGAGGUUUUACAAAAAAAUAUGGACGAUACUAGAUCUUCUAAAAAGAGUAUGGAUCAGAACAUAGAAACAUAUAAAUAUAUUGUUAAAUGUCUACAAGAGAAACUUGCCACUUUAGAAGAACAAAUAGAAAUCUUAACAGCGGUGGAAUCAAGGUAG